AUGACUACGGAGAGCCAAAGUCCACAAUGGUGGCGUACACUUUCCAAGCCGAUUGCGAAUCCUGAACGUCGCCUGCUGCUCAAGAUAGACGUUUUCCUCCUGGCUUGGGCCUUUGUCGCAGGAUUGACCAAGGACAUGGACCAAUCAGCUACGACUCAGGCCUACGUCUCGGGGAUGAAGGAGGCUCUCAGCCUCAAUGGCAAUGAGCUUGUCGAGUUUACUACCUAUUUCUCCAUUGGCUAUGCACUCGGCAUUGUGCCUGCGCAAAUCAUACAGACCAUGUGGCGGCCCUCACUGUUUCUACCCAUCUGCGAGAUAAUCUGGGGUACUCUCACUUUGGUGACGUACAGGUCACAAAAUGCCAAAACCGUCUACGCCAUCCGCUUCUUUCUUGGCAUAUUCGAGUCGACAUCAUGGCCGGGCCUCGUAGCCCUGAUAUUCAACUGGUACACUCCCAAAGAGCUUGCGACUCGCCUCGCCAUCUUCGGCGUCAGCGGCGUGGUCGGCAACAUGUUCCUCGGGGUUCUCCAAGCAGCCCUGUACAAUAACCUCGACGGCGUGAACGGUCUUGAGGGAUGGCAAUGGCUCUUCAUUGUCUCUGGCGCGAUAACCAUGUUCUGGGGAUUCUUGGGCCUCUUCACCAUCCCCGACUCCCCCGCCAUCACCCGCGCUUUGUGGCUCACGCGGGCAGAACGCGAGCUGGCCCGCACACGCAUGUCAGACCACGGAACGGAGACGGCCAAGAUGAUCGACCGCAAGACGCUGGCCGUCAGGCUGCGGAAGAUGGUCACCAACCCCGUUUGCUGGUUCUUCAUCCUGGCCUACCUCCCCUACGCUUGGAGCCAGCGCGCCAACUCCUACUUCCUCCUCUACCUCAAGGGCCUCACCCGCGCCGACGGCACGACUCCCCUGUUCAGCACCUCGACCGUCAACCUCAUCCCCCUCGGCGGCUACGGCCUCUCCAUCAUCAGCUCCAUCGGGCUCAACGCCAUCAGCGACUACAAGAACUGGCGCUGGCAAGUCUCCAUCUUCGCCGUCGCCAUCCAAACCCUCAGCUGCGCCGUCCUCUCCGCCUGGCCGGGCAGCUCCACCCCGACGAUCCUGACCUUCUACUUCCUCACCUUCACGACGGCGGCCUGGGGCUACGCGCUCGUCGCGUGGCUGGCGCAGCUGCUGCGGCGCGAGCCCGAGGCGCGCAGCGUCGCCGUCGGCGCCGCCGUCACCCUCGUCUACGUCGGCCACGCCACCAUCCCGCUGCGCGCGUGGCGCACGAGCGACAGCCCGCGCUACCCGCUCGGCUUCCCGCUGGCGACGGCGUUUGCGGUCGUCAGUGGGGGUUUCAUUCUUGGGUUGAGGUGGUGGGUUGGGGGGAGGGGGUUGGAGGAGGAGAAAGGGGAGGGGGAGGGGGUGGAGGGGCUGGAGAGGGGUGGUGUUGGAGGAGGAGGGGGGAUCGGUGAGGGGGACGGGGAGGAGGAGAGAGGGGGUGGGGUGGGGAAGGGGGAGGGUGGGAUGGUUGUGGAGGUUGCGGUGGAUGGCCGGUCGGAGGAAGGAGGGGGGAAAGGUGGAGAUAGGGGGAGGUAG